GUCGGAAGUAGCGUCAUCACUGGGCGCCUGGCAAAAGGCGUUGACCUAACGAGGGGAGAAAGAGGAUGCUAAGCCGGCUGCAGGAACUCCGCAAGGAGGAGGAAACGCUGCUGCGUCUGAAGGCGGCCUUGCACGACCAACUGAACCGCCUCAAGGUUGAAGAACUGGCCCUCCAAUCCAUGAUAAGUUCUCGAAGAGGGACUGAACCGCUGUCUUCUCGGCCUGCGCCUGAACAGUUGUGUGAUAUGUCGGUGCAUGUCGACAAUGAAGCAUCAAUCAAUCAAACCACACUGAAGCUGAGUACAAGGAGCCCUAUGGAGGAAGAGGAGGAGGAGGAGGAAGAGGAAGAAUCUGAUUCGUAAGGGGGACAAGAGCUUGGAUGAGGUGCACGUCUGAACAGAGACAAGCAUGGGAGAGGCCUGAAAGCAACAUGGCAUGCCGCUGGGCAGAGGAGUUCCUCUUUGCUGCUUCCCAAAGGCUCAGAUGCUAGCGGCGUGGGUUGGUGUGCUGGGCUGGUUAAGCCCAA